GCAAUGGCUCCCGAGGGAUUUCGUGCAGUGCUGAGUGUUUGUUGCGUCUCUCUGGCCUCGGCCGGAUUUGGCUUGGGCGGUGGCAGUAUCAGUCUGGGCCUGGGACAUAGUACUGGCCUAAGUGGUGGCCUUGGACUCUCAAUGGGAAGUGGUCUCCUCAGCCAUGGUGUCUCGACCCACGGAUUAGGCGUGAGCGGUGGUCACGGAAUCUUGGGAGCUGCUGCAGCUGGAGCUUUACAUUCUGCAGGUUCUUCUGCCGUAUCUGGAACUUCAUAUAGUGGUUCUAGCUCUUCAUCACAUAAUUCUGGAUUUCAAAGCGCAAGUUCUGGAGCUCAUGGGGCUGCUUUAUCUGCUAUCGCUGGAUCUGGAAAGAUAAAUGUCGGACACCUUGGCAUCGGUGCUUCUGGAGAUAUUGGAUUAGCACAUGGAUUCUCAGCAAACCAUUUAAUAGGUGCGGCCGGAGCAGGUGCGUCUGCUCUUCAUUCCGCAGGUUCUUCUGCUGCCUCUCUCGGAGCUCAAAAAAUUCAGAAUUUUGGCAGCAGUUUUGCUGGAAUAGGAGCUUCUGGAGAUCAUGGAGCUGCUUUAUCUGCUAUCGCUGGAUCUGGAAAGAUAAAUGCUGGACACCAUAGCAUCGGUGCUUCUGGAGAUUUUGGACUCGCACAUGGAUUCUCAGCAAAUCAUUUAAUAGGUUCGGGCGGAGCAGGUGCUUCAGCCCUUCAAUCCGCAGGUUCGUCCGGUGCAUCUUUCGGUGCUCAAAACACAGGGAAUUUCGGCAGCGGUCUUGCUGCAAUCGGAUCGUCUGAGGCUAGUGGAUCAAGUUCAUACUCGUCGUCACAGAGUUCUGGAUCCCAUAGCACGAGCUCCGGACACACGAGCGUCGAAGCCUCUGGGUCUGGAAAGAUAAGUACCGGACAGCUGGGCAUCGGUGCGUCUGGAGAUGCUGGAUUCGCACAUGGAUCAUCAUCUUCCGGCUCUGUUGUAGGAGGUGGAUCCCACAUGGUGGCAAACCAUUUAAUAGGUGCGGCCGGAGCAGGUGCUUCAGCUCUUCAAUCCGCAGGUUCGUCCGCUGCCUCUCUUGGAGCUCAAAAUACAGGGAAUUUCGGCGGUGGGCUUGCUGCAAUCGGAUCGUCUGAGGCUAGUGGAUCAAGUUCAUACUCGUCGUCACAGAGUUCUGGAUCCCAUAGCAUGAGUUCCGGACACACGAGCCUCGAAGCCUCUGGAUCGGGAAAGAUAAGUACCGGACAGCUUGGCAUCGGAACUUCUGGAGAUGCUGGAUUCGCACAUGGAUCAUCAUCUACCGGCUCUGUUGUAGGAGGUGGAUCCCACUUGGUGGCAAACCAUUUAAUAGGUGCGGCCGGAGCAGGUGCUUCAGCUCUUCAAUCCGCAGGUUCGUCUGCCUCUCUCGGAGCUCAAAACACUGGGAAUUUCGGCGGCAGUCUUGCUGCAAUCGGAGCAUCCGAAGCUAGUGGAUCAAGUUCAUACUCGUCGUCUCAGAGUUCUGGAUCCCAUAGCAUGAGUUCCGGACACACGAGCGUCGAAGCUUCUGGAUCUGGAAAGAUAAGUACCGGACAGCUUGGCAUCGGUGCUUCUGGAGAUGCUGGAUUCGCACAUGGAUCAUCGUCUUCCGGCUCUGUUGUAGAAGGUGGAUCCCACAUGGUGGCAAACCAUUUAAUAGGUGCGGCCGGAGCAGGUGCUUCAGCUCUUCAAUCCGCAGGUUCGUCUGCCUCUCUCGGUGCUCAAAACACAGGGAAUUUCGGAAGCGGUAUUGCUGCAAUCGGAGCAUCCGAAGCUAGUGGAUCAAGUUCAUACUCGUCGUCUCAGAGUUCUGAAUCCCAUAGCACGAGUUCCGGACACACGAGCGUCGAAGCUUCUGGAUCUGGACAUGGAUCAUCUGGCUCUGUUUUUGGAAUUGAGGCACAUGGAUUAUUGGGCGCCGCUGGAGCUGGGGCCUCGGCUCUACAUUCUUCAGAUUCAGCUGCUGCAUCCCUCGGUGCACUUUCAUUCGAUAAGAUGGUAAGCGGUCUUGCGGGCACUGGAGCCUCAGGCUUAGGGCUAGCCUCACUGGGAUCUCACACAUCUGGGUCGCAGAAGACGAACACCGGGCACUUAAGCAUCGGUGCUUUUGGAGCUGGGCAUGGUAUCGGAGCUGGCUCUGUCCUAUCAGCUGGCUCUGUCCUAUCAGCUGGCUCUGUUGGGGGUAGUGGAGCACAUGAGGCCGCUGCCUCACUUUUGCAUGGAGUUGCUAACGGUUUUCUUGGAGCUGGCGCUUCAGCACUGUCGUCUGUCGGCGCCGGAGGUGCAUCACUUGAAAGCCACGGCGGCUCAGGCUCCCUUUCCUUUGGAGGCAGUCACACUGGAUCCGGACUUUUUGGAAGCCACAGCGGGGGCCUCACUCUUGGUGGACAUGCCUUUGGAGCUGGAGGAAAUCUCAAUCAUAAUGCUGCCAGCGCAGGAAUGGAAUUCGGGGGUGGCCACAUUGGAGGCACCAUCAAUCAUGCUGGCGGCUUUCUUUAUGGUUAGUCUCAGAUAAUAAUUCAAGACUUAAAUUUUACUAUUUUUUAAUAUUACUUUAACUUUACCUUAACAGAAUAAAAUUCACCUUUAUUGAAAGCCUCAUGGCCUCAAUG